CCAAAUGGGCCGUGUCAGCCGUCAUCCCCUCACCAUCAUCUUCUCUACAAACUACAAAAAAAUGCCUGGCUGCUGUAGUGACUUUGCAUUUAGAGAGUUGGUGAUAGGAGAGGUAAUAUUGUAAGAGUGGGAGAGACAGUGAGUGUUUACAUUGCCAGCUGAUGAUAGUUGUUGCAAUCGAACAAAAUGGUGUGGCUUUAUUGAAGACCUUGAAAGAGGUCCUAGAUGAAAGAGUGUGGGAGGUAUUUGGUCGCGUAUUAGGAUGGCCGCUGAAGGUUCAACCCUCCCUAGCCCCGUGGUAUGUCAGAUUGACAAACAGUUCCUGAUUUGCAGCAUCUGUCUGGAUCGCUACAACAAUCCCAAAGUCCUCCCCUGCCUCCACACCUUCUGUGAAAGGUGUCUACAGAACUACAUCCCCGCACACAGUUUGACACUAUCCUGCCCUGUGUGCCGUCAGACCUCCAUCCUCCCGGAGAAGGGUGUGGCGGCACUCCAGAACAACUUCUUCAUCACCAACCUGAUGGAGGUGCUAAAGAGAAGCCCAGACACUAACCUCGGUGAGGACUACACAGAGACUAUCAAUGGAGUGGCCACUGGACAGCCACUAUCCUGUCCCAAUCAUGGAGGCAAUGUAAUGGAGUUCUACUGUCCAGCAUGUGAGACUGCGAUGUGUGAGGAGUGCACCUGUGGAGAACACGCAGAACACAAUACGGUUCCGCUCAAAGACGUUCUGGAACAACACAAGGCCUCCCUACAGGAGCAGCUGGACGCUGCUAAAAACAGACUGCCAGAAAUUGACUCAGCGCUGCAAGUCUUGUCUGAGAUCCUGCAGCAGCUGAAUGACCAGAAGAGUUCAAUCGAAGAUGUGAUACAUGCUACUUUUGAGGAACUUCAGAGGACCCUCAACGUACGCAAGAGCGUUCUUUUAAUGGAGCUGGAGGUCAACUAUGGACUCAAACAGAAGGUGCUGCGGGCACAGUUGGAGUCAUUGCUGCAGGGGCAGGAGAGCAUGCACAGCAGCUGCAGUUUCACAGAGCAGGCUCUUAAUCACGGCUCUGAAACUGAGGUCCUUUUAGUCAAGAAGCAGAUGAGCGAGCGACUUGAUGAGCUGGCCAAUCAGACGCUCCCACUGCAGCCAGAAGAGAACAGCCAGCUGGACUUUGUGGUGGAGACUGAGGGUCUUCGCAAAUCCAUCCACAACCUUGGUGCUAUAAUAACCACAAAUGCCGUCGCUGCUGAAACUGUUGCGACUGGUGAUGGCCUAAGACACUGUAUCAUCGGGCAGCCCACCUCUGUAACCAUAACAACAAAAGACAGAGAUGGUGGCCUGUGCCGGACAGGAAAUGCUUUGCUCGCAGCUGAGCUUUUUGCCUCUGAUGGCACCACAGUGGGAGAAGGUGAAGUCACUGAUCAUAAAAAUGGCACUUAUGAAUUCGUAUACACAGUACCAUGUGAGGGCCGCUUCGCCCUUUCCCUGAAACUGUAUGAUCAGCACAUUAAAGGAAGCCCAUUCAGUAUACGUGCCAACAAAUCAACAGACAUCUCCCUGACAGCAGAUGGAGACAAAAGACGUCUCAAAUCUCCAGGAAGCAGCCGUGUGAAUCAACGUGCCAUCAAGAGGCCUGCCAGCAUGUAUAGCACAGGCAAACGAAAAGAAAACCCGAUUGAAGAUGACCUCUUGUUUCGAAUCGGAACAAAAGGCAGGAAUAAGGGUGAAUUCACUAAUCUGCAAGGAGUGGCUGCUUCCUGUGCUGGGAAAAUCCUAAUAGCGGAUAGUAACAAUCAGUGUGUUCAGAUAUUUACAAAUGAUGGACACUUUAAGAGUCGCUUUGGGGUGAGAGGCCGAACACCAGGACAGCUUCAACGGCCCACUGGGGUUGCUGUGCACCCUAAUGGUGAAAUAAUCGUUGCUGAUUAUGAUAACAAAUGGGUCAGUAUUUUCUCCAGUGAUGGCAAAUAUAAGACAAAAUUUGGCUCAGGGAAACUGCUGGGUCCCAAGGGUGUAUCAGUUGACAGAAACGGCCACAUCAUUGUAGUUGACAAUAAAGCUUGCUGCGUGUUCAUUUUCCAGCCUAAUGGAAAACUUGUCUCCAAAUUUGGCAGUCGAGGCAAUGGUGACAAGCAAUUUGCAGGUCCCCAUUUCGCUGCAGUGAAUCAUAAUAAUGAAAUAAUUGUGACAGAUUUUCAUAAUCAUUCCGUAAAGGUGUUUAGUCCAGAGGGGGAGUUUCUUCUGAAGUUUGGGUCAAAUGGGGAAGGAAAUGGGCAGUUCAAUGCACCCACCGGUGUGGCAGUGGACGUCAAUGGCAAUAUCAUAGUGGCUGAUUGGGGCAAUAGCCGAAUACAGGUGUUUGACAGCAGUGGAUCUUUCCUGUCCUAUAUCAAUACCUCCGCAGACCCUCUGUAUGGCCCACAAGGAUUGGCACUCACCUCAGAUGGCCACGUUGUUGUGGCAGACUCUGGAAAUCACUGUUUUAAAGUAUAUCGUUAUCUUCAGUAGCACUCUCAAAUCCACAAUUGGAAAAAUGCACUUUUUCCCUAAAGCUGCCACUUUGUGCCAAAUGGGACCUCACAUCGCUUUGCAGUUGUUGUUUGUGGCCUCAUCCAUUACACUUAUUAGACAAAAGAACAGACUGAUAAAAAUGGGUUUCUUUAUCCAAUUUUAAAAUCCUGAAAAGUAUGCAAAACUAGACAAUCUAAUACUUAUUGGCAUCAUUGUGAACACUGGUUUUCUGUUUAGAAACUUUGUAUAUUAAGUUUUAAGUUAAGCUGUCGAAUUGGAUCAAAAACACCUUAGAGGUAAUGUUCAUGUUUCUACUGUUUGUUGAAUUCUGACGUUCGUUUGUUACCAUCUGAUUUUAAAGGGAAUUCGUUAAGAAGUUAUGUAUACAAAAUAUUUGUGUAGUAGUGUUCAAAAAAGUAACACCAAAAAAAUUGUUCAAAAGCAAAUGUCAGGUAUGUCCACAAAGUAAUUCUUAGAUUUAAAGAAAAAAUUAUCAGGGUUACCAAAUAUGGCAUAUUAUGUAUAACCAUAUGUGCUUGUCUGAUUAUCACUGUGAUGCACACAAGUGUGGAUGGUAUAAUGUUUGUAUAAAUCCAAUCAUGCAUGUAUAUUUCUGUAAUCACUAUAUCCCCAAUAUGCAAGAAACAAAGCACUUGAUAUGCUGUAAAAAUUGUAAACAAAAUGGCUUAUUUGAGACUUCUUUAAUAAUUCUGCACUAUUAAGUUAUUAUUUUGUAACUGCAAUAAUAUUUAUUGAGAAAAGUUUUUAUUUUAUUUGUAUUAUUCAGAGACAAUCAUGAUACGGUAAUGGCUAUCAUAAUACAGCAAUGUAUCAUAUUACACACAACCUACCAAUGGGAAUUAGUUAUUAUGAAUGAGGUAAAUUAUUAAUGGUGUUUGACAAUGGUUGGUAAAAAAUGUGUGGUACAUACAUUUUCAGGUUUACUCAUCUCAUACAUUUAAAAGUCCAAAAAGUAAAUCCUUGUCUUAGGUCUGUUCUCUGUCAUACUCACAAAGAUUCCUUUUUGUAGCAAAAAGGCCAUUUUAUUACUGUUGAUAAUUUCAUUUGCACAAAUGUAUAUACACAUCUUUAUCAAACUACAGUAGGCUAUGCACUCCAAUUCAAAAAUUGCAUUAUUUGGAAAGAUAUUCUGGGUACAGGUCUAUUUAACAUUAUGGUUUAUAAUGAAUCUUUAAUAAUAAGGAAUUUCAUGGUACUGUGUUGUUCAUUUCUGAAAGCAACUUUAGGACUUCAGAUGGAAGCAUGUAUAAGACAAGCCUAUGGAAUAUGUUCUUACAGUUUUACAUUAGUUUUAAAUUAAAGGGAUCCUGUUAUGCUUUAAACCUUUUAGAACUUUUUUUAGUGUGUAAUGUUGCCCCCACCUCCAGAGGGAGAUAUUCUUUUGUUUGAUGCUGCAAAAUAAAGGUAAGGCUGUCACUGGAAAGUUACCUUUGUAAAAGUCCUAAUACUGUAUAUUUACAAAUAUGCACUUUUUGAAAGGGUACGCUACAUUGACAGCUUUUGAACCUUGAUUUCUGUGAGUGUUUAACAGAAAAAUACUUUUCCAGAAUUGCAACAAAUGGCUCAGUGGGACUAAACUU